UCCAGGCUUGGCAACCUUACUGCUGCACACCUUGCAUCUUUUCUUGAUCUGACUUGCUGUAAUGUCGUCCGAAAGCUGGCCACCGAAACUGAAAGAAUGGGUCGCACGAUGCCUGGGACAGAUGACCGACUCGAACAGGGCAGAUGCGCAGGCUGAGUUAAAACAGGUGAUAGCUGAAUCUUACGGCAAUAAGACGUUGUGGACGACCGACUGGGACGGGCUCCAGCUGAAGAGUCUGACGCCGAAGCCUACUCCGGUGGUCUCCUCGCACAGUAAUCUUAAACGCAAGGCAAAUGACAGCCAGCCGCCGAGCAGCAAGAAGACCAAGAAGAGCUCCGUCUCGAAACACUCUGCAGCGCACGCCCUCGACCCGGACGACGCCGCCGCGCUGAACCGCCGCGCGGCGCGUUUCCAGCGCGAGCAUGACAUCGAACGCCAGAAAAGUUCGCGCCCGUUCGGCACCCAUCCCUCCUCCUCGCACUCUCCGUACACUAACCAGCAACUCUUCAACAAAACACGCUCCGGCACGCCGGCCGCAUACGACGCGGACAACCCCGACGCGGAUCCGAACGUGCCGAACUGGGACCGCUUCACCAUCGUCGGAACAUCGCAGGAAAUAUUCAAGGACUACCUGCGGCUCACCUCGGAACCCAAACCGGAGCAGAUCCGGCCGUACCACGUCCUGCAAGACACCCUGACCCAGCUCAAGAAGCGGUGGCGCGAGAAGGCGACGUACAAUUGGAUCUGCUCGCAAUUCAAGAGCUUACGGCAGGACCUCACCGUGCAGCGCAUCAAGAACGAGUUCACCGUCACCGUGUACGAGAUCCACGCGCGCAUGGCGCUCGAAGUGGGCGACAUGGUCGAGUAUAACCAGUGCCAGGCGAUGCUCCGGAACCUCUACGAGCUCGGCAUCCCCGGCAAAGUCGAGGAGUUCACCGCGUACCGAAUACUGAUGCUCCUGCAUGGCCGCAACCGGAGUGACUUGAACUUGUACGUAGGUCAGCUAACAGAUCGACAGAAAGCGGACCCCGCGGUGCGGCACGCGCUCAGCGUCCAGCGCGCGAUCGCGAUGGGCAACUACCACGCGCUCUUUGACUUAUACAUGGGCGCGCCGAACAUGGGCGCGUACAUCAUGGACCACUUCAUAGACAGGGAGCGCAUCCGCGCGCUCAUGGUCAUGACAAAAGCGUACCGGACAGUGCCCCUUCCCUUCAUCCAGAACGAGCUCGCCUUCGAGGGCGCCGCCGCCGCGCGCGAGUUCCUCGUCGAGCACCGCGUCGGCUUCUUCCAGAACCCAAACGCCAAGGACGAAGAGGCCGUCUUCGACUGCAAGCCCGCCAGCGCGCUGCUCGCGCAGAUAUACGAGGAGAAGUACCGGAAGGUGCAGAUCAAGGGUGCGGUAUAGCAUUCACUCUCUGGGUCGCCUGUGUGGAGGAGGGUGCUGGGUGGCUGUCGGUAUAUAUGUCGUCGCUGUGGGUCUUGGAUGCUAUGUUAUAUCGCGCUAGUCGGCUUGUACGCUACGAAUUUAUCUGUGAAUAUUCCCUCGCUGUCUACUUUGUUCGAUCGGCUAUAUGUUGUGCCCAACAUUCUAUCAUACAAAACCCUUCAAGCUGGAAUACAUACAUCUAUGCUGCAACAGUCUAGUCGCGCAUGCGCGCAGGGAUGAACCUCCUUAGCACCACGUCCCGUACAGUGUAGUGCGCCAGACACGCCGGCGACGACAGCAGUUCUGGCGAUAUUCGCGACCGUGCGGGGAUGGUCACGUAGGUGAGUAUCAAUGUCUUCUGGACUUGCGAGUUGACACGAUUCACGGUGCUCAGCCAUGUCCACGAAAAUGUGUUUGCGUUGGGCAGGUUGAACGGAGAGGACUCCUGGUCUGCAGAGUUCUCGUAAACCGGGAUCACGACCACCGCGAACUCGGCAUGGUGGAAGACGGGCCCCCGUUUAUACAGCAAAUAAUCUACGCAGAACUUGAUGCCGCCCUUGACGAUCCAGCCUAGCGCGCGGUAGUAAUGGUACGCAGCGUAGUUCACGAGGAAGGGGUUGUCGAACCGGUCGGCAUACACGGGCAGUUCGCGCGGUAUGCAAUGCACGUCCUGGACGGCGCGCCAGAUCUGUUUCAAGCUCAGCGGCUCGUGCGUUUGCGAGUCGAGCACUGUUAGGCAGUCGAGGUUCCAGACGAGGAACCAUGUUUCUUGUAGUGUAAGCUGGAGAUGCUCGACGUUCUCGAGAGGUUCCUCUUCCUCGUCCAGUUCGGCGUCAUCUUCCUCUUCUACAGGCGGUUCGGGCAGUGACGGUGCUUCUGACGCCGCCGAGGGUUUCCAGGUCGCGCCAGAGGGAAUAAGGGCUGGCGCAGCCUCGCGACCCUCCGCGAAGGCAGCCUCGGCCUCUGCGGCCGCGCGCGCGAUUGCAGCGGCGCGAUCGAGCUUGAACUGUCUGCGCUCUGCUCUGCGCUUUUCGCGGACCUCUUCUGAGGUCAUAUAUUUCCCUGCGGCUUUCCUCGUGUUGAGCUGGCGCGCGAGCCAGGACGGCUCACUCCGGGAGAGGUCGCCUUUGCCGAAGAAGCCCCUCCGCCAGAGGAUAGUGGAGUCCUUCUCAUUUGUGACCCAG